AUGAAGCCUCGCCCUCUUCCAGAGAGAGACACGCCUUCUCUUGGUCGUCCGAUACUGCCUCUCCCCGCAUGCCCAGUCAUGCGGAUGCGGCCACCUCGGCGUCUUCUCGUUUUUCGCGUUCCGGCGAUUUGUCUUCGCUUCCCUCUUUCCCGCGCCUUUCUCGCAGCAGAGAAGGCGCCGCCUCCCCGAGAGCGAACUUCGCUUCUCGGCCUCGCGAGCUCCCGGGUGACGGCCGCGAGUCCUCUGCGCACCUCUCUUCGCGGGGUGUACGUACACCUCGCGCUGGAGCAGGGGGAUCUGCUUCGUCGGCCGCUCUCCCCGCAGCGAACGCGUUUUGUUUCGGCGCCUCUGCGGAGCACAAAUGGAGGAAGGAACACCAACGCAGCGCCUCCGCGGCGCAGGCUCAGCGUUCUCUCUUCGCCAGUGCUUCAGACGCCUUUUUCUCUUCAGCCACUGCCGAAACAGAGAACGUACUCCGAGAGAGCGGCGAUCGGCCCCAAGAGCGACAUGCGACGCAAAGCUCUGACCUCGAGUUUUUCGAUGCGCAGGAACGCGCGACAGACAGCCCGGAUUUCCCCCUCGGUGGCUCUGACUCCCUCUCUCGGGAAGCAGGCAGAGAGCGGGAGGGAAUGGUCUCAGAUGGACACCGCGACGGCCUGCUGGCAUGCCACCGCGUCGGCGAACAAGGCAAAGGCGAAGAAAGGAGGGAGCGGAAGAGAGGAGAAAACGGCGCAGAAGACCGAAGAACCCGAGAGCGAGAAGACACAUGCGAAGGCAGAGAACGGCUUCUCGGACGCCAUGCUUUCAUCUCUCUACUGGAAGAGGAAAACAGACGCCCUGGACACAAGGUCGGUUCUCGAUCUCACUCCUCGAUGCUUAGACGACUACCUUCCCGCUGUGGCUUCUCCGGUUGCAGGCAGGAGCGGGGACGGAGCGCGUCGAGGCAUCUCGGCGCCUUCCUCGCUGGUUGAGCCUUUCGGGGCGGACGCGGCCUCGCUGCCCCACGCAAAGGCUGAGAGCGACAAAACCAGCCGACAGACAGUCCAGGAGAUCCAGGCGCGUGCAGCGACGCUUGCGCAAGCGGCGCGCAAACCUCUUGAGGUGUAUCGUUCGUACGCGGCGUCGCUUCAAGAGAAACUGGAGUUGCUGCGAGAGCGCGAGAGGCGUGCGAAGAGUCUCCUCGAAACCCUGCCGGCGCGCGGCGAGCGCCUCCUCUCCGCGCUCAAAGUGCCGCCUCCGCCGCCUCUGCCGCUCGUUCCCGUUCGCUGGAAUCGCGAGUCGCCGAUGCGAUGCGACGCAGAAGCACUGGCCGCCGCUCAAACCUUGCUGACGUGUUCAGACCCCAGCUCGGUUCUGAUCGACAAAUUCAAUAUUGGCUUGGCGGGGGGACAGUUGGAGUGUCUGUACGGCUCAAACUGGCUGAACGACGAAGUUAUCAAUUUCUAUAUGCAAAUGUUGCAGGAGCGCAACGAGAAACAACGCGCCCUCGGACAAAACAUCUGGAAAACCUUCUUCUUCAACACCUUCUUCUACGCGAAGCUGACUGGAGGACACAGUGCAGAUGUCACCUACGACUACGCCUCCGUUCGGAGGUGGACUCGGCGGCAAAACGUGGACAUCUUUGCGGUUGAUCUCGUCCUCAUUCCGCUCCACGUCAAUCGUCUUCACUGGACGCUCGGCGUCGUCGACAUGCGGAAAGGCAAGAGAAAAAUCUAUUUUUUCGACUCCCUCGGCGGCAAGAACAAAACCUGGUUCCUCACCAUGCGGAGAUACCUCCAAGACGAGCACACCGACAAACACGAAAAACCCCUCGAAGACAUUGACGAGUGGUGCAUCCCCGAGGACUUCGCGUCCGAAAAAUACACCCCGCAACAGGCCAACGGCUUUGACUGCGGAGUCUUCAUCUGCCAAAUGGCUGAGUGCAUCGCGGAUGGGCGAAGCUUUGAUUUUUCACAGAAGGACAUUCCGCGCAUCCGCCACAAGAUGGCGCCUGUUCCCGCGUCUCUCUGCGUGUCUCUCUCGCUUCUCCUCUUCCCCUUCGUAAACCCGGUUCUCUCUUUCCGCUCCGCUGCUCACUGCUGA